GCGUGUGUGUACAUGUGGCUGGAGCUCAGACUGUUGAAUGAGACGGCCUUGUGCGACUUCAAUCUGUUCAUUCUCUCUCCACCAGAGCACAUAUCCAAUGAAAGUGUGUGUGUGCAUGUGUGAGAGCGCUGACAGGCAUCCAAGUUAGCCCACAAAUAAUUGAACAGCUAGAGCAGAACACACACCAAAAAGGCAUUCUUUAUAAUUUGUACCUUUGCCGGCCAGAACUCCUGUUCUUAUUUUGCCAUGAGUUUAGUAAGACUCUGGAGAGCUGGGCUUCUCCACUUUCUGAUUUGGCUCCUCCUGAGCUUCUUGCAUGCAGAUGCCCACCCGCAGUGCCUGGACUACAAGCCUCCUUUCCAACCUCAAGAGCCGCUGCGCUUCUGCAAAGAGUAUGCCAAGUUUGGCUGCUGCGAUUUGGAGCAAGACAAACAGAUUUCGUACAGGUUUGAACAAAUUAUGGACUACUUUGAUCAUUCUGGAUUCAUGGUCUGCGGGAAGUACAUCCGCAGCAUCCUGUGCCAGGAAUGUUCUCCUUAUGCAGCUCACCUGUACGAUGCUGAGGAUGCGAAUACUCCCAUGCGUGAGCUCCCUGGCCUUUGCCGUGACUACUGCUCUGAGUACUGGCAUCACUGCCGUUACACACUUAGUCUUCUGACAGACAACAACAUAACUGCCAUCAUUGAGGAGGAUCUUGAUAAAUUCUGUGACUAUUUGGAGCUCAAGGAUCAAGAGUAUUGCUAUCCCAAUGUUCUUUCCAGUGACGAGUUAAAUGCUAACCUGGGCAGCGUUCAAGCCGAUCCUAAGGGCUGCAUUCAGCUUUGCCUACAGGAAGUAGCAAAUGGCCUGCGCAAUCCAGUGGCAAUGGUGCAUGCAAAUGACGGCACCCACCGCUUCUUCAUAGCUGAGCAGCUGGGAUAUGUAUGGACCUACUUGCCAAAUGGCUCAAGGAUCGACAGACCCUUCCUAAACCUCACCAAGGCCGUGUUGACCUCACCGUGGGCUGGGGAUGAACGUGGAUUUCUCUGUAUCACCCUGCACCCCAGGUUCAGCGUGGUCAAGAAGGCAUAUGUCUAUUACUCUGUGUCUGUGAACAAGCAGGAGAGGAUAAGGAUCAGCGAGUUCCUUCUGUCAGACACAGACAUGAACAUGCUGGAUCACUCAUCUGAAAGGACCCUUUUGGAAGUUGUGGAGCCAGCAUCAAACCACAAUGGAGGCCAGCUUCUGUUUGGUUUGGACGGCUACCUUUAUGUCUUCAUAGGAGAUGGAGGCAGAGCAGGAGACCCCUUUGGAAAGUUCGGAAAUUCCCAAAACAAAUCCACUCUACUAGGCAAAGCUCUACGAAUCGAUGUGGAAAACAAUGAUGAUGGUGCCCCAUACAGUAUCCCCUCUGAUAACCCUUUCCUUGGUGAGAAAGACUCAAAGCCAGAGAUCUACGCCUAUGGAGUCAGGAACAUGUGGCGCUGCUCCAUUGACAGAGGAGACCCGAUCACAGGCCAGGGACAGGGUCGCAUGUUCUGCGGAGAUGUUGGCCAGAACAAGUUUGAGGAAGUUGAUAUCAUUGAAAAAGGGGGCAACUAUGGAUGGAGGGCAAAGGAAGGGUUCUCCUGUUAUGACAAGAAACUCUGUUUAAACUCCUCUUUGGAUGACAUCCUGCCAAUUUUUGCUUAUCCACAUACAGUUGGGAGGUCAGUGACUGGUGGCUACGUCUACAGGGGCUGUGAGAUGCCAAAUCUUAAUGGUCUCUACAUCUUUGGGGAUUUCAUGAGCGGACGACUCAUGUCUCUUAAAGAGAACCCAGACACUGGCAAAUGGGACUACACAGAAAUAUGCAUGGGCAAGGACAAGACAUGUCGCUUCCCAAGACUGAUCAACAGCUACUACAAGUACAUCAUAUCCUUUGGUGAAGAUGAGGCAGGUGAGCUAUACUUCCUAGCCACAGGAACACCAAGUGCAGCUUCCAGAGGGGGAGUGGUGUACAAGAUAGUGGAUCCAUCCAGGCGAGCACCUCCAGGCAAGUGCAGCAUCAAGCCCACUCCUGUCCAGAUAAAGGGCAAACUGAUUCGCUUCCAUCCUAAAACAGAGUUUGUGAUUGACAAAAAACCCACAACCACUGCUUCCCCUAAGACCAAAGCACCUACUAUACCCAGCACAACCAUGGUUCAGGCCACAGCAAGAAAACCAACCACUGCAUCUCCAAAGCCAAAAUUUAGUGGACCAACUCAGAAACCAAGGACACCUACUCAAAAACCACAGACUCUUGCUCCGACGCCAACUUUCAAACCGGUAAUUACAAAGCCUCCUGUUCUCAGGAGACAUCAGUCUCCAACUGGGACAGUGCACCCACUCCUUGACCAGAUCACUACAGUGAGGCCACAGUAUAUCACCACUUUGAAAGUGAAAUCAGAAACCACACUUCGUAGGACUCCUCCACCAACCACAUUACGUCCAUCCACCAAGCAACCACAUGCUUCCAGCGACACUCAUCCAUAUUGGACUGCCUCUAUAACCACCACCACCAGGCCCAUAUAUUGGACUUCAGCCUCCCUGAAGACAUCCCUACCAACAGACAGGCCUGGCAAAAGAGGCAGGGGGAAAGGCAGAAAAAAUGGGCAGAGAAGAGGUAAAGGGGUUCGCAGAAGGUCUCGAAGUGGGCAGGUGAGGCUUGUUAGUCCUGAUCCAAACCGGUCAGAUCGUGGACGAGUGGAAAUCCUCGUGAGGGGUGAGUGGGGUACGGUGUGUGAUGACCUAUUUGACAAUAAGGCAGCAGCAGUGGUGUGCAAGCAGCUGGGCUUUGCUAGAGCACUGAGGGUGGCGAAGCCUGGCGAAAUGGGACGUGUGGCCACUAACCUCCAAAUCCUGCUGGAUGAUGUGGAAUGUGAGGGAACAGAGAGGACACUGCUGCACUGCAAACACGCUGUAGUCGGCAAACACAACUGCUCACAUGCGGAGGAUGUAGGGGUAGUGUGUAGCUCCGAAGAGGAGCAUGCUGUCAAGUGAUGACCAUUUCCCAGUCUACUCUUGAAUCACUGAAAACAUUGGUCUCACUCUUGAUUUGUUUGUUCGUAAAAUGGUGGUGAAAUACUUCAGCACCAUCAAUCUCAGCCUAAUUUUUAAUACUUGCAGAGAAUUACUUUUUAAAUGAAUAUUGACAGAUAGUGAUAAUGUUAAAGAAUGAUAAUGCUGUUGUGAGGUCACAGUUUUAAAGGGAGGUGUUGAUCAUCUCAGACUAAGACAAGGCCAAGAUAGCUAAUGUUUUGUGUUUAAUAAGAUUCAAGCAAAUUCACCUCUUCAGAAAAGAAAGCAAGAAGGGAAACACUGCUUAGCCUUUUAUAUUCAAGAUGACACACACACACACACACACACACACACACAUAUAUAUGGAAUAAUUUUCAUACAGAAACCAUGGUAUAGAUUCAAACCUAUAAAACACUUAUAAGAAUAUAAUCCGUGAGAUUUUCUUUUUAUUAAUAUAUAUGUGUAAUUUUGUUGUGAAAACUAAUAUCAAUACACAAAUCAAUAUAACCCUCAAAUCAUGCACAAUUUGGACAGGAUCCAAAAUUAAGAUCAUCACCAUUCCUUAUGGCAUAAAAUUAAGUUCAGUGAUUUAGUGACUAUGUAGAAAACAUGCAUUUUAUGGAAAAUCAUUACAAAUCAUAAAAAUAUUAACUAUAUGGCCAAAUGUUUGUGGCAAAGUGUAGGAACACAAUUAUCUAGAAUAUAUUCAUAUGCUGUAGCUUUACAGUUUCCUUUCACUGGAACUAAGAGGUCCAAACCUGUUCCAGCAUGACAAUGCCACUAUGCACGAAGCGAGCUCCAUGAAGACAUGGUGUGUUAAGGUUGGAAUGGAAGAACUCGAGUGUCCUGCAACCCCACUGAACACCUCUGGGAUGAACUGAAACACCAACUGCACCUCAGACCUCCAACAUCAGGGCCCGACCUCACUAAUGCUUUUGAAAGCUGAGUGAGCACAUCUCCAUAGCCAUGCUCCAAAAUCUAGUGGAAAGCCUUCCCAGAAGAGUGGAGGUUAUUAUAACAGCAAAAGGGGACUAAAACUGGAAUGUGAUGUUCAAAAAUCACAUAUUAGUGAGACUGUCAGAUGUCCACAAACAUUUUGGCCAUAUAGUGUAGUAAGUUCAUUGUAUAAUGCUGCCAUCUUCUGCUCCUGACUACACCACAAACACACACAUGCAGUCAAACAGAGCUGCAGGUCUGAUAACUUGCUUAAGUUUUUCCACCAUACGCAGUUUGUAUAAUGUUAUAAUGUUAUGCUCAACCAUUCUUAAUGCUUAAAGAUAUUUUUCAUUCAUUUUUAAUGCUUUUGUUCAGUAGACAGUUGGUCAGUGGUUAUUAUCUAUUAUAUUUGGGUGUUUAUAAUUCUAAAAACUACAGUUGGUUUUACAUGGAAUGAAAAUAAUGAGACUAAAAUGCUGGACAUUCUUUGUUAUUUUGAAAAAAUGGAAUAUAUAAAUAAAAGAGAAGAAAAUUAUGAAAAGGUUACUUGUGCAAACACUUUGAAUAAAAGACUUGGAAAUGCACUGAGGAAGAGAUUGUUCAGUUCAGUUUAUUUGGUUUACAGUUUAUUAUAAUUUACAUUUUCCACGGUUUAACAAGAGGAUAAAACUCCAGUACACUGUAGUGAAACAGUACGCUGCAGUACAUUAUAUGUACGCCAGGGGGCGCACAUGGAGCGACCGACUCAGGGCA